AUGCUGAACCGACUCCUCCGGCCGCAGUCUGCGCUGCGUGCAGCCUCCUCCCUCACUGCGAAGCCCGUCUCCGCGCUCCCACGCAUCCAGAGCCGUGCAAUUCACCGUGUGCCCACCCUCGCCUACGGAGAUCAAUACCAGGGCAACGGUAUCGCGGAGUUCAUGUCACCAGAGGCGUUCGACUUCUCCUGGACGCAAUACCAAACCCUCCUUGUUGACAAGCUGAACCUGUUGACGCAGGACACCAUCGAUGCCGACGCGAAGCCCGGAGAACUGCUGGUCAAGUACUCCCGGCGUCCGGAGAUGGCCUCCGUCUUCAACUAUGCCUCAAUGGCUCACAACAACCACUUCUUCUUCAACUGCCUGUCCCCCCGCAAAACCGAGAUGCCCGAGAAGCUCGAGAAAGACAUCACAGAAACGUGCUCGUCGGUCGAGUCACUGAAGCUCGAUUUCCUGGCCACGGCCAACGCGAUGUUCGGUCCCGGUUUCGUCUGGCUGGCCAAGAACCUGGAGCGCGAGGGGAUGAUGCACGUUUUCUGCACGUACAACGCCGGCUCUCCUUACCCUGCCGCGCACUCGCGCCGCCAAGCCGUUGACAUGGCCACCCAUACGCCCGACACCCCGUUGGGCAACCAGUACGCCGGCGCGAUGGGCGCCCACGCGCCCAACCAGAAGAGCAUGGCUCCUGGAGCCAUCGAUGUACAGCCUAUCUUGUGUGUCAACACCUGGGAGCACGUGUGGAUGAUGGAUUACGGUAUCGCCGGCAAGGAGGAGUACCUGGAGCGGUGGUGGGACCGGAUCAACUGGGAGGUGGUGGCUGACAACUACAACAAGAUCAGCGUCAACCGGGGGGCGCGCAACCCCAACACCGCCUGGGGGCGCAGUCUGGGCAUGAUGUCGUAG